AUGGCGUGGGCUUUCUUCAGAGGUGUGUGCGAUGCCGGCAGAACCGCCUGGAAUGCAUUCAACAGACCCAGACCGACCACAAGUACCACCAGCAAGAAAUCGUCGACAAACAGAGUGUUCCGAGGCCGUGUGCAGCCGAUACGCAAGGCUCCCAGUGGACUACGCACGAGACGUCCGUGCCGGGAAAUUGAGGAUUAUACACAUCGCCUCCAGCAGCUCAUUUAUGGAUACGAUGCUUUUGAGAACUCCGAAGGUGACUUGAAGUCUAUCCAGUACAGCAUUGCCACAUUGAUGGAAAUGAGAAGACGUUCGCGGGAACAGGAUGAACAGCAACGCUACUCGGAGCGGCUUGGACGAUUGUGCAAUGCCCUCGACCUCACAGAAGAUACGAUCGAAGGAAACCUACAAAACAUUCAGAAGACUGCCGAUGAUCUUGUGGACUCUUUAGAACCUGAUGGGCCAGGAGAUCUCCCACCUCGAUUGCCCAUCUCGCUGAUUGACCAAUUACGACGUUACGACAAUGCAAUGGAAACCUAUAUUUCACAGCGUGAUGGCACAUCAGGAGUUCAGAUUCCUGUUUCUAGCGAUGUUGAUGGCGACGAAUCGAGAGAACACGGAGAAGUUGGAGCAAAUUUAACUUCAAGCAAAUCUGCGUUGUCAAUCAAACGACGGGUACUGCAAGCAUGCCGAAUGAAACUUACUGAAGAAUUGCGCAAGCUAUGCAAGCAGCAUGCACCAACUGCACUGCAGGACGAGACUAUCGUUCGGCAGCUCCGUCGCGGCGAACCAGUUUCCAGUGAGGUUGCGCGCGAACCGGACGCCGGAUCCGACAUGUCAAGGCCUGAAAUCACAGAGGCACUUAUUGCAGAAUGGGAGUUUGCGCAAGCCGAACUGACAAAAUGGACGGAGUGCUACUGGUCAUACAUCAACAUGGAUACGCAGAAACAGCAAAGGGCCGAACAUCUUGCGAGCGGCCUCACGAUCGAGGAGACGGACAUCAAGAUGAGAACGCUCACCAGCACAUUUUUCUCCAGAUGUCAAAAUAUUGACAAUUAUUACCGCGACGUUCAAAAGAGAGCGAUGUUGGCCGGGUUGGACCCAGUAGCGCCUGAAGAUUCCGACAAUGGUGUCUUCGCUAAACACGCAGAGGACGAUCCUGCAAUCAGCAUAAGCAGUUAUGACAACGUCGCGGAAGCUCAGGUCGAACUCUGGCUUCAUGAAAAUGAUCCCGGGGUGGAAUUCGGAGACGUUCCGGUGCCAUCGACAGCUCACGUUGACUGCGUCUCAGUACACUUUGGCGAAGGUCGCAGUGGCUACGAAAUGACAGGUCCCCCAACUCGAACACGGGAUUCCCGAAUUCGCGCUUGGCAGCAGAAAUGCGAGGAAGCAAGAAUUAUUGCUCAGCAAGAUAUGGAACGACUUCGUUGAACGCUUCUCGCGCGCCACAAAACUGGAUUACAAUUUUCAAUUUCGAUUUACGUGAGGUGGGCACCUACAGACAUGCUAUGGUCCCGGACCACGAUGCUGCAUCACUGUCCGGCCGUCCCGACAUUUCUGUUCUGUGACAACGCAGCGUCCGCAAAGCAUAAUGAAGCUUCCCUGACUUCUCAUGCUGUCAACUUCUCGAUCACCAC